CUUAAAACAAUACACAUAGUUUGCUGUCAUAUAUCAAUGUAUUAAUGUCGUUCAUAGGAGCUUUGAUUUCGAGCCUUUCCUUUUCUUUAAAGUAGAUAGGUACAUCUUUAAACAAGCCCCUGUGCUUCUUUAUUAAAUCGCUACGCCAUCAAGGAUGUAUAAAUAGCAUUUGUACCCAGUUAAGUAUUAAAAAUAGUAAACGGUGAUCAUUUACUAGACAAGUGUUUUAUAACAGUAAAAAUGUUCAACAUAUCUAAAUAUUAAAUCUAUUUAUUUGUAUACUUUUGCAGAAAUAUUAGGAAUUCAUACAUAAUCAUAUAGCUUAGAUACCAGUGUUUUUCAAAGUGUGUUAAUAUAAGGAAAGUUGUUCAAAUAAUUGAACUUGAGGACAUUAUUUAACGAAACUGACGAUGGUUCGGAACAUUUGAAAUUGUUGCAAGAGUCGCAAAUUCAGCUGGAAUUAACAAACAUAGCUAAGAUAAAGAUAAACAAUGGACCACAGGGCGCAGCUUGAGAACAAGAAAUACAGGAACUGGGUGAGAGCCGGACUUGGUAUUAAAUAUGUAAAAGACGGCUUGGAACCAUUCUGUGAUCAUCUUGUUAACCAGCAGCAUGUUGAUAUCUUAGAUAAAAUUAAACAGAAACACAAUCUUUCGGCAGUAGCCUGUGGACUCUGCGAUGUACGCACUCUCCAGCCAGAUCAUGUUCAAAGCAAAAAUAGACAGUGUCCGCUCGGUCAAAUUCAUUGUAACUGUCUACACCCACGCGGGAAAACGUCUUGUCCCAACAACGUAUGUGGUGCUAUAUACGACGAAAUUAUUAGGCGACACGCAUCUACUCCUCCUGUCCCAUACUGGAGAAACACAGACGCUCAUCAGUGGUGUACUGAACCUUGGGCUGUUGCAAAAUGUUUCAUAAAUGCUCCAGGAUAUGAACACAAGACAAAAGCAACCGAGUUUGACUGUUCCGGUUUGUUGCACCUGUUGAUUGAUAACAUAGAGUUUCAUCACCAUAUCCAGUGUAUAAUUGAUGGCAAUGAUGCUUUUUCAAGGGUACUUCAACACAGAAACGCCAUAUUUCAUUGUAACAAUAUGGAAGUAGAGGACACAGACAUUGCAAAUUAUAUAGAUGAUAUGAUAGAACUGCUGCAAGAUGAUAAAGAAAUCAAAGAUAGACAGGAAUCUAAAAAUGCGGUCAAGAAACUGCUUGAGCUAAAGCAGGAAAAGUUUGUAAUAACAACUACAGAUGAAAUGGAAGUCCGUCGUAUUGCAAUGCAUGCAAUCGAACAGAAGGAAAAGAAUCUUGAACAGAGAAUAGUUGACGCUGCGACAGAAAUUGGAGUUAAAACUGAUGAAAGUAAAAAGCAGAUAAAGGUGAUAGGUUCAACUAUAAAACACGAACUCGUGCAGAAAAGGGUUGAAAUGAAAGAUGAUUUGAAAAAGACCGAAGUCGACUCAAUAGAAAGACUCGAGAAGAGAGAGAAGGAAAUCAAGAAAGUACUUAGGAUGAAAGAAAUUGAAUCUGCAAAGAAGAUGGAUCAAAAAGAGAGAGAAAGCAAAGAUAAUUUGAGAAAGAUAGAAGUUGAUUUAAAACAGAAAUUGGAACAGAAAGAGUUGCAAAUCAAAAAGAAUCUGAGAGUGACAGAACUUAACUCAAAAGAGGGACUUAAGCAUGAAGAGAUAGAAAUUAAAAAGAAUUUAAGAGUAGUAGAAUUGGAAUCAAAAGGGAGACUAGAUCAGAAAGGAAAAGAAAUUGGAAAGCAUUUAGAACGUAAAGGAGAAGAUAUACUUUAUCAGCUGGAAAGAAAACAGUCAGCUCAGAUUCAAAUCGAAGGCAGGCGUAGUGACGACAUUAGUAAGGCAGCAGCAGACGAUUUGAUGAAGUCAAGUCCUCGUGACAGGGCUCUGCACACUAAUUAUGAAAGAAUGAGAGCAGUUAUAUCUCUUUUCGGGAUAUGAAAUUCUUGCUCCAUAUUUUAUCAAGAUAGCGAUCUGAGAAUGCAGUUUUCAACAGAAUGCUAUAAGUAUAUACUGAAACGUAGUACAAUGAAAGAAAACACUUUUCUAUCGAGAAAGGGUACGAGGAACCGAAGAAUAGAACUAUUGUAUUUGGACAGAAGUAAGAAGCAAUAAUUCGGUCAAAGUUUGCUUCCAUGGUGCCGAAAUUACCUUGUAGGUUAGAGACCACAAAGUGUUUUCCAACAGACUUCCAUUAUAGCAUUGUGGCGUGUACGGCCUUAGAUUUUUUGAAACAUGUAUAUCUGGUACAUUUUUUUUCAAGAACUAUCUUAGUUCCACCGAAACAUAUGAAAAGUGAUGCUACAUUUAAGACAUUUUGACACUCGACACGGCACAUGAAAAUUCAACACGAAACUCGUUUCAAUAGUCGAUAUUGCGACGUGACAUACUAAAUUUGUACGAAAUUGUAUGCGGGAAUGUCGCAUUGUUGCACUGUCAUAUGUCGCGCCUUUGUCAUGAAAUGUCGCUGUAAAUAUCAAGUGUCGGGUUGUACUGUCGUGUAUCGCGUCGCAUUGUUGUGUUACAUAUCGUAUGUCACGUCGCAUUGUCAUGUGGCAUUUAGUGUGUCACGUUGCAUUGUUGUAUGGCUUAUCGUGUGUCAUGUCGCAUUGUAGUGUGGCGUGUCGUUUGCCAUGUUGCAUUGUCGCGCGACGUACCAUGUGUCACGUUGCAUUGUCGCGUGGCAUUUCGGGUGUCACGUCGCAUUGUUGUGUGGCAUAUCGUGUGUCAUGUCGCAUUGUCGUGUGUCGUAUCGUGUCUUGUCGAACUGUUGUGUGGCAUAUCAUGUUUCACGUUGCAUUUUCGCGUGAUAUAUCUUGUGUCACAUAAUGUUUUCGUGUGGCAUAUCAUGUGUCACGUUGCAUUUUCGCGUGAUAUCUUGUGUCACAUAAUGUUUUCGUGUGGCAUAUCGUGUGUCACGUCAACUUGUUGUGUAGCUUAUCGUGUAUUACGUCGUAUUGUUGAGUGGCAGAUACCUCAGUCGAUUCUUAGGCUUGUUCCUUAAUCUCAUUUUUACAUAUUAUUUUCAACAUUUGUUUUACAACUGGCAAAGUUGCAACUGGUAGGGGUAAAGGCAUUGUAAAUCCAAUCCCUAAAUCCUCUACGACCGCCCCUAGAAAUCCGAUGUGCUACCGUCGUAUUAAUUUGGCAUCUACAAUGUAUAAAUUAUACUGUUCAGUGUUAAACCAAAGAGUUUCGCUAUAGUUAGAGUGUAAUGAAAAAUUGGUUGAUG